AUGGCGUUUAUGUGGCACAGAGGCCUAUCCAAGAGGACGUUUGUGGACAAAGAUGAUCAGUCUUGGGUCUCUGUGGGCCCCAGGCCCUGCACAGCUUCCCUUACGGCUGAAAUGAUCAUUAUCUCUGCACGCCCGAAACACAUUCCCCACACACCAGCUCUGGUCUACAUCAUUCCAAGCAGAGCCCCGCAGCCCCGCUCCUCUGGGCACCACUGCGGCUGCGCCUGUGCUGGCGGUGCCCCUGGAGCGGGGGCGCCCAAGCAGGAGAGCCCUGCCACCGGCCUGUCCUACCACCGGUACCUCCAGGAAGUCAUCAACGUGCUGGAGACGGAUGGGCAUUUCCAAGAGAAGCUGCCGGCUGCCAAUGCCGAGGACAUCAAGAGUGGAGAGCUGAGCCGGGAGCUGGACUUUGUCAGCCACCAUGUCCUCACCAAGCCGGAUGGGCUCAAGCGACAGGAGGUGUCUCGGCUGCGGAUGCUGCUCAAGGCCAAGAAGGAUGCAGAGCAGGAGCCCAAUGUACAUACAGUUGGAUCAUCUGAGCCUCCUGAAGCUGGUUGAGCACCUGGACCCUCAGAAUCAGCACACCUUUGAGGCCUGGGACCUGGAGAUGCUGAUCCAGAGGGGCCACCUGGGCCCUGGCCCAGGAUGACGCGGCCCAUCACGAAGAGUUCAAACGCUACAAGAUGCUGGAACAUGAGAGACACCGUUAUCUGGAGUCACUGGGUGAGGAGCAACGCAAGGAGGCAGAGAGGAAGCUGGAAGAACAACAGCGCCGGCACCAAGAGCACCCCAAAGUCAAUGUACCUGGCAGCCAAGCCCAGUUGAAGGAGGCACUGGAUGGAUUGGACCCCAACAGGUUUAACCCUAAGAUCGCCUUCAUAUUGCAUGCAACCUAAGCCGGGGUUGCCAGGCCCCUGCAGCUAUGCCUAGGACACUGACCCAGAAGCUGCAAGCAGUCGACAGAGCCAACCAGGGCCUGCUUCAUUCAUUCAGCAAACAUUUACUAAGUUCCCUCUAAAGACCAAGCUUCACGGGAACCCUGUGGAUCUACUGUGAACAAAACAAAGUUCCCCCUCUCACGCAGCCAGUGAUCAUGUAAACAGAGAACUCUGUAUUUCAGUGUUUAAAGUGGGGCUUUACCCCACUAAAAAACUGGAUAGUGUAAGCUAUUCUAGAAUUUUUCCAUAAG